AUGGGUGGCACCAUCUAUCUCACAGCCUACAUCUGGCAGACAGUGCCUUCGACCCUUCGACGGCGGUGGACUUGGCUCCCUCGUGACUUCCUAGUGGCUUGCUAGGUUCGGACGAGGGCAUGUGUGGAGCUAUGGCAGUGUAUGCAUUGCUGUUUUGUUUGAUUCUUCUAGCUGCUGACACGAUGACUGUUGUUGGAUCUUGGGAGUGUACGAUACAAUUGUAAUCAAAUUGGGAGACAGAUGCAGCAUUCCACGAUAUCCUGGCUUCGGCUGGGCUUGAAAUAACCCUUUUUUUGCUGUCCUCCGCUCUUUGCAUCAGUGGCUUCCUAGGUUCGAGCGAGGGCAUUUGUGUAGCUGAGAUGUGUGUCUACGUGAAAGAACAUGUGGAGAGAGUCGUAUUGGCAUUCGCAUCAAGCGCAUUGCGCAUUUUUCGAAUUUUGGCCCCCUUCCAGGGACCUUGAUUUUUACCCGCUGGCACUGACGACGUCUUUUAAUUGGUCAGCCGGUUAGCG